AUGCUUUCCUUCCGAACCCUCGCGCGCUCUGCGCCUCGCACCAUGAGCUGCAUGGCCUCGGCCUCUAUGCGCCAGGGCCUCGUCGCCCGCCCCUUUGCCGCCGCCAGCAUGGCCAAGAGCAGCGGCUUCCAGAUGAUGCGCGCCGGUGCCGCCAGCUUUUCCACGACGACCAGCCGUCGCGCCGCCGCCGCCGCCGAUGGCGAGACCGACGACGAGCUGUCGGCCAAGAUUGAGAGCGAGAUCCAGAUUGAGGAGGAGAUGAAGGCCAGCGAGCAGGAGCCGUCGAGCGUCAAGGACUUUAUCGACAACAGCCCCUUUGAGCUGAUUGACACGCCUGGCCAGGAGGUUGUCAAGCUGGUCCGCAACUUUGGCGAGGAAAAAAUCACCAUUUCCUUCUCCAUUGCCGACAUCAACAACUUUGACCCCUACGCCGACGAGGCUGCCCUCGAGGACGAGGAGCCCCUCGCCGACGACCUCCAGGCCGCCGAGAGCGGCAAGCGCCAGAACCAGGAUCUGGAGAGCGACAUGGAGGCCGAGGACCUCGACGAGGAGGCCCCCGCGCCCAUCAACCUCUCCAUCGUCAUCGAGAAGCCCGGCAAGAGCGACGGCGCGCUCAACAUUGACGCCACCGCGCAGGACGGCAGCGUCGUCGUCGAGAACCUCUUCUACUACGCCGACGCCAAGCUUGCCCGCCUCGACACCCCCGAGGCCGCCCAGCAGCGCGCCGACGUCUACCCCGGCCCGCCCUUUGGCAGCCUCGACGAGGACCUCCAGGUGCUCAUGGAGCGCUUCCUCGAGGAGCGUGGCGUCACCCAGGCCCUCGCCGUCUUCGUCCCCGACUACGUCGACCUCAAGGAGCAGAACGAGUACCUGCGCUGGCUGAACAACGUCAAGGGCUUCAUCGACGCGUAA